AUGGCGGGAACAGGCUCACGCGUGAAACGGGGAAGGGGGAGGCCGCCAAAAGCGGUGCCGCCGUCACCGGAGAACCACCCUUCACCAUCGUCACCGGUGAAGGAGAAGAUGACUACUCAACCUAUAACUGCUAGCAAGAUGGACACAGAGAAGAUUGAAGAGGAGAAGAUUGAAGAGGAAAUAAGCAAAGAUGAAACCCUAAUUUUGGGGAUGAAGAAGAAUGUGUCGCUACCAGAAUCAAGAAAAGUUGAAGAACACAAAUUGUGGGUUGAUAUUCUCACUGAGAAUCGGAAUCCAACAAAAGGUCUAUCGAUGCAAUAUGUAGCACCAAACGUCACCAACGAAGGAAUCGUGAUUGAAAUUGAAGAAGAUGACAUUGUGUCGGAAGUCAAGUAUUGGGAAACAGCCUUAAUCUUGUAUGCGAUGGGUGAGGAAUUAAGCAUGAACAUGGUGAAGAACUUCAUGGAGAAGGUAUGGAAUUUUGUCAAACUCCCUGAUCUGUUCUACCAUGAGGAAGGGUAUUUUAUCCUUAGAUUCCAUUCUCAUGAUGAUAUGGAUGCAGUGCUAAUAAGAGGCCCUUAUACAUUAAGGAAUAUCUCUUUGAUGCUAAGGGAGUGGAAGCCUGAUUUCAACCUAAAAAGGGAUAUGUUGAGAACAGUGCCUCUAUGGGUGAAACUUCCCAAACUGCCACUACACCUAUGGGGGGAGAAAAGCCUAAGCAAAAUAGGAAGUGCCAUAGGCGUGCCGUUGGUAACAGAUGAAUGCACGGCCAAUAAGCUGAGGGUAUCAUACGCACGUAUUCUGGUUGAAGUGGAUAUCACAAGAGAAAUGAUCAAAGAGAUAGCCAUAAAGGACUGUGAAGGAAGAAUAAUGAAGCAGCCGGUGGAGUACGAAUGGAAGCCAUUAUUCUGUGAUAGAUGCCAAAGUAUAGGGCACAAAUGUAAGGAAUUUGUGAAAAGGCAAUGGAAACCUAAAGCUAAACCUGUAGAUACUGAACAGGGCUGCAGCCAGGCUAUUGCUACUGAGACAGAUUUAAAGAAAAAAAGGGAAGCAGAUCAUGAAGAACAGAAGGAUGACAUAGAGGAAAAUAACUGGACAGUGGUUGGAUCAGCCAUCAAAGGUAAAGGUAAGAGAACUCCAACUGAUUCUUCAACUGAAAUUAGAUGUGUUAAUGGAUUUGAGGCUCUAGGGAUUUUGAAUGAUCUCAUAGAGACCUUGGAUGGAGAUCCAUUCAAGGCUGAUAAGGCUAAGAAGAUCAGAGAGAAACUCAGCAUCCAUGACAAUUACUUAGAUAACUAUCUGAAUCAUGAUAAUGGGAGAAUUUGGGUAUCAUGGAGUGAUAGGAAUUUGGAGGUUAAGAUGAUAAAAAGCUCUGCCCAGUUCAUUCAUUGUGGAGUUUAUGGUGUUAUGGGAGACUUUAGAUUCUGGCUGACAGCUCUGUAUGGAAUGAAUAAACUAGAACAGAGGAAGAACCUUUGGAAGGAUCUCAGUCUAUUGAAGCCUAGUAGUAAUGAUCCUUGGUGCAUUAUUGGAGACUUCAAUAAUGUCACCAAAGCUCAGGACAGAAUAGGUGGUAGAAUGGUUUCAGAAGCUGAGUAUACUGACUUGCAAGAAAUGAUGAUAAAUAAUGGCUCGAGUGAAAUGGAUAGUUGUGGUGACUACUUCACCUGGUGCAAUAGACAUACAGUUGAUCCUAUUCACUCUAGGAUUGAUAGGCUCAUUGGUAAUGUGGCCAAAGACAAGCAAAAGGGCCACAAAUCAAGGAGAUUCAAGUUCUACAAUUGCUUGACUAAGCUGCCAGGUUAUGAGGAGACUAUUAGGGCUAGCUGGAAUAAACCUAUUGAAGGUAGCCCUAUGUACAUCCUUUGGAGGAAGCUGCAGCGUCUAAAGCCUGACUUACAACAGCUUAGUAAGAACAUAAUCAAUAUGAAGCAUAACUUGGAGGCUGCUAGGAAAGAUCUGGAUUUGGCGCAGAGAGACUUAGCUAAUAACAGAAUGGACAGUAGCAGAAUUUCCAGGGUCAAAAUUUGCACUGAUGAGGUGAUUAGGCUGCACGAACUGGAGGAACAUAUGCUAAUUCAGAAGUCCAAGAUUGAUUGGCUGAGACUGGCAGAUGACAAUAAUGCAUUCUUUCAUGCCUCUAUUAAAGCAAAACAUAAGAGUAAGAGUAUGAAGAUCCUUAAGACAACUGAUGGUAAUUCUGUUACUGAUCAGAAUAGUAUUAUGGAAGAGGUUAUGAAAUUCUAUAAAAGUCUUAUGGGGACAAAGGAGGACAAUGUGAAACAUGUGGAUAUUGAAGCUAUGAGAAGUGGGAAACAAGUUAGCAUCGGCCAAAGGGAUGCCCUGAUUCGGCCAGUUACUGAGGAUGAGAUUUUGGAAGCUUUGAAAGCUAUUGGUGAUCUCAAAGCACCUGGAAUUGAUGGUUAUGGAUCCUACUUUUUUAAAUCAAGCUGGAAUAUUGUUAAGUGGGAUGUUAUAGCAGCCGUCCAGGAGUUUUUUGUCAAAGGUAACCUCCUUAAAGCCUUCAACAGUACCAUUGUGACUCUUAUUCCUAAACAUGAGAAUGCUAGUGAAGUGAAGGACUUUCGACCUAUUGUUGGCUGCACCACGUUCUACAAAAUUAUCUCUAAAGUCCUCACAAACAGAUUGGGUAUGGUGUUACCAGAGGUAAUUCACAAGAGCCAAGUUGCAUUCUUAAAGGGACAGGUUAUUCAGAAUCAUAUACUGCUUGCCUUUGAAUUGAUGAAAGGAUAUAGUAGGAAGGGUGGCACACCUAGAAGCAUGAUCCAAGUUGACUUGCAGAAAGCGUAUGAUAUGAUGGACUGGAACUCUUUGGAAACAGUGCUAAAUGAGAUAGGUUUGCCCAGCCAAUUCAUUAAGUGGAUCAUGUUAGUUACUACUACUGUUAGCUACAGAUUUAAUGUGAAUGGGGAAUAUACUACGAUCAUGGAGGCUAGAAGAGGUAUUCGACAGGGGGACCCAAUCUCUCCACUCCUAUUUGUUAUAAUGAUGGAAUACAUAAAUAGGGUUAUGAUAAAGAUGACUAGGAAUGCAGACUUCAAAUUUCAUAGCAAGUGUAAAGCCCUGAAGAUUACUCAUUUAACUUUUGCUGAUGAUGUGCUUCUCUUCAGUAGAGGAGAUAAAAAAUCUAUUGAAAUUUUACUUGCAGCUUUCAACAGUUUCUCAGCUUCAACUGGCCUUAGAGUGAACCCGAGAAAAUGUUAUGCUUUCUAUGGUGGAAUGGACACUGCAGCUAAAGAGGAGAUUGGUAGGAUCACUGGUUAUGCAGAGGGUCAACUGCCUAUCAGGUAUCUUGGCAUACCACUUGCUAGUAAAAAACUUAAUGUGAGUCACUAUCUUCCUCUUAUAGAUAGGGUUAUGAGUAGAAUUAGACAUUGGUCUGCCCACUUACUCAGCACUGCAGGUAGGAUUCAACUAGUGAAAAGCACUAUAUCUGCCACUGUACAAUACUGGAUGACCUGUUUGCCUUUACCUGAUUUUGUUAUUAGAAAGUUGGAUAGCCUGUGCAGGUCUUACAUUUGGUCUGGAAAAGCUACAAUUUCUAAGAAAAGCCCGGUGGCUUGGAAGAGAGUUUGUUGUCCAGUCAAGCAAGGUGGGCUCAAUGUGAUAAAUCUGAGCGUUUGGAACCAUGUGGCUUUGCUCAAAUGCUUAUGGAAUAUUAGCAUGGAGUUAGACAAUCUCUGGGUGAAGUGGAUACACACGUACUACUUAAAAGGUAGGGAUUUUCUGGCUGAGAAUCAGGGUAACAACUGUACCUGGAUUCUUAAACAUAUCCUGGCAAGUAAGGCUGACAUAGGUAGAAUCGAUAACUGUUGGAAUAGCAUGAGGAACCAGAGGCAGUUUAGUAUGAUGAAGAUCUAUAAUAUUUUGAUUGAGGAUAAUGUGAGAGUUGAAUGGUACCAUAUGAUGACACAUAACUUUGCUAGACCAAGAGCAAAGGUGAUACUUUGGUUAAUAUGCCAGAACCGGCUGUUUACCAAAACAAGGAUGGCGAAAAUGGGCAUGCUGCAGAAUACGUUAUGCGACUUGUGUAAAGAGGACAAUGAAGAUCUUGACCAUCUCUUGUUCAAGUGUAAAAGUACUUUCGUCAUUUGGCAAGGGAUUUUCAAAUGGAUGGAUAUGAAGCUAGAAAGCAACCUUGAUAUGGCUUGGAUUAAAAGGAAAUCCAAAGGUAAAGGCUGGCCUAAUAUUCUUCUAAAAGCUGCUGCUACUGAAGUUUUCUAUGGCAUUUGGAUGUAUAGGAAUUCUAUGAUAUUUGGUAGUAAAGGGUCCUAUAGGGAUACUCAUAGUGUUAUUAGAUCUAUUAUAGAUUCUUUAGUCUAUAGAGGGUGGAUGAAACCCAAGUAUAGAAAUCAUUUAGUUAAUAUUCUCAUGUAA